GAUUUGAAUAGAUUACACCUCACUUGGCUUCAAAGGUCGCUGACAAACCAGGCAUUUCCAUCUACGACCAGUGUCUUUAAAAUGCGUUACGUAACCGCCUUGUGCUUAAUAUUUGCCUUGGAGUGUGCUUGUGAAGUGGUUAUACAAUUAGAACCAGAAAAGGCCGCAAAAGUAAUUGAAAGUGCUAUCAAAUGUUCUAGCAAACACGGGCUUAAUUUCGAUGUACUGGAACGACUUAGAAGUAAAGAGAGAACAAAAGAUGAGAAAUUUCUAAAGUUUUUAUAUUGCACCCUUGAUGACCUUAAAGUGGUGAAGAAAAAUGGAUAUUUUAUUGAAGAAGAAGCUCUGAAAUUUGUACCGAAACAACAUCAAGCAGUUCUAAAGAAGGCUCUAGAAGAAUGCAAUAAGAAACAAGGAAAGGAUCGCAUAGAUGUGUUGUAUAAUGUUUCUAGAUGUAUGAGAGAUGAUAGCAAUAUACGCGUGACAAUCUAAAUUCUAUGGUUAAGUGAUGUCCUAAGUAGGGACUUGUUUAGUAUUUUUAUCGUAAGGAAAAAUAGAUGUAACUAUAAGUUUUAGGAUAGUAUGUAAUAUAAUAUGAAUAGAUGAUCUAUAAUCAAAUAGAUUUUAAGAAUAAUAAACUUCAUAAUAAAUAAUUCA